AUGGAACCCCUCACUACUCCAGCUCUCAUCUGCCAGCCGUCAGUCCUUGUGAAGCCGUUGACUGAGAAGGAUCGCUUCGUUGUCUUCGGUUCGGAUGGGCUUUGGGAAAACGUCUCAAAUGAGGAGACGGUGGAGCUCGUGUCAAAAUUCCCAAGACUGGGAAUAGCAAGGCGCCUGGUGAAGCUUGCCAUGGUUCGAGCGGCAAAGAAGCGGAAGCUGACCUAUGGUGAUUUGAAAACGCUGGGACCGGGUGAGCUUCGAUCUCCCUGCUGUUUCUCGGCUGACUCUCCACUCCUCCCUCCAUCUCUCGUCCAUACUCCCGCCAUGGCUGGACCCGUUGAUGGUGCUCCUGCCGAUGACGAUGCUGACGACAUAGAGACGAAGUUGAACUUCCUUCGCCCCUCAUCUGCGCCACCGACAGCACCCACCAACGUGCCCACUCCGCCCGUACUCGAAGCUGCAGCCUCGAACCAGCCGUCAGUUCCUCCCGAGGAGCAGUAUGCCAUUGCUCUUGAAAGGGAAGCUCUUGCCGCUAAGGAUGCUGCCGAGAGCUUGCCUGUCUUCAACAUGAUCGACAACACGGUCCGUGCCAUCGCCGAGCAUCUGGGCCGGUCGGGUCCAUGGCAUCAGCGCUUCAAGGACCUCCAAGAGGUUUUUACCGAGACCUUUCUGGAGCUGCAAGGGAUUCACACCGUACGGUGGCUAUCACGUGGUGAUGCCAUCGCCAGGUUUGUGGCGGUCCUGCCGGCAGUCAUCACGAUGCUGAAGGAGUGGAAUGACAAGCUGUACAAGGUGGUGACGUCGUUCCGGUUCCACUUUCUCCUGUUCUUCCUUGCCGACGUGCUUGACCAGAUGAACGUCCUGAGUAGGACGUUCCAGCGACGAGAGAUCCGCCGUACAACUGGACAUCUGGAGGCCCGUUACGUCGACUGCGAGGACGAGUUUGGCGGAGGGCUCAGUCCAAGGCUCUCGCCAUGGCUUGAGAAGCACGGCCCCGAAGACAAGCGGGAAGUCUGCAUCGAGGGCAGCGACUCGGACGGGCAGGCAUGCACCUUCACGUUCAUACUGCAUGAGGAUAAACUUGACGACUACCCCGGACCUGGGCACCAAGACGCAUGCAUCGACAUCUGCACCGAGUUCGCUGAGCUCAUCGUGGCCAACCUCCUGGAUCGGUUGGGCGACCUCGACAAGCUCUCGGGCGUGGGCUUGUUCACCCCCGACAAUUGGCCGCACGGCAGGCACGAGCGCCAAGCGAAGUGUCAGGAGCAUCUUGAGGCGCUGAUCACUCUCUUCCGGGCGGAAGAGUGCGAGGAGAUCAUACCUGGUGUCGACAAGAAGAAAGCAGUCAAGGAAGUGCGACUGCUAAUCCCCGUCCUUUCACGUGCACCGAAGGUCGAGAUCUGGCGUAACUACAAGAAGCGGAAGCCGCUCAACACCUGCAACAUCUCCAGGCAGGAGGCAGAUAGGAGGCGUCGGGGGAAGGAGGAGGCAGAGGCAGGAGACCAGGCCAACCCUGUAGACCUAGAUGAAGAGGAGGAUGCAGCAGGUGCAGCUGACGGUGGUGAUGAUGAGGAUGCGAUGUGGUAUUAG